GCCAGGCUCUCUUCUAUUGCAUCCUGUUUGUUUGCCAGCUGCUGGACUUGUUAGGACUACAUUUCAUUAAAACAGCACCAUGGCCGACCAGCUGACAGAGGAGCAGAUUGCCGAGUUCAAAGAGGCAUUCUCACUCUUUGACAAGGAUGGAGAUGGCACUAUUACGACCAAAGAGUUGGGUACAGUCAUGCGCUCUCUUGGCCAGAACCCAACAGAGGCUGAGCUGCAGGAUAUGAUCAAUGAAGUGGACGCUGAUGGAAAUGGGACGAUAGACUUCCCAGAGUUUCUGACAAUGAUGGCAAGGAAGAUGAAGGACACAGACAGUGAGGAGGAGAUCAGAGAAGCGUUCCGUGUCUUUGAUAAGGACGGAAACGGGUACAUUAGUGCUGCUGAGCUGCGUCAUGUGAUGACAAACCUGGGAGAGAAGCUGACUGAUGAGGAGGUUGAUGAGAUGAUCAGAGAAGCAGACAUUGAUGGAGAUGGACAGGUGAACUAUGAAGAAUUUGUACAGAUGAUGACGGCAAAGUGAAAGCCCUGUACAGAUUCUCAUUCAUUUUCUCUUUCUUUCUUAUAAAUAAUUUGCCUUUUUUUUUUUUUUGUUUAAUUUAAUCUGUAAAACGUUAAGUCCCCCUCUUCCUCCUGGCUGUCCAAAGGAGCUGCAUGUAAACUGCAUAGGAUCUAACUCCUCAUGUCCCUUUCUUUUGCUGUCAUCGUGUUUUUUGGAGUGACGGUGCGGUUACACGAUCAGGUGCUUGUUGCGGCGAUAUGGGGGUGGUGGCGCGCAAAACCCUGCACGUCACAUCUGUCUGCCCCCCCCACCCGAUGCGUAGCAAGAGCGGAGACCUGUCAACUGGCUUGCCACUUGGCAACAGUGUUGACAGGGCAACAAUGUAGAGGAGUAACUCUGCAUGGACUAUGGACAAAGUAUAUAAUAUAUAUAUGAAAUUUAUCAGCAUUGCACUACUGCAAAAGGAAAAAAAAAAAGACACGGGUGUAUCUUCUAGAUACUCGUACAUAAACUUUUUGUAUCUGCUGUUCUGUACCAGAGAACUUGUUUGAAUCUUAUGAUACUUUGUAAUGGUUUCACUUUCACUGUUUUUUCUUUUUUUAACAGCUUAACUACAUUGUCAUGCCUCAAAUAAUCCAUUCCAAGUUGUAUAUUUUUGUUUUCCAAUAAAAUUUACAAUCCAAAAUUGAAAGAUUUCCUUGUUUGUAGAGCAUCCUUAAGCCCUUGAACUCGAAGCUCUUCAGUAUGUUGACAGUUAUGCAUCUCUGAGCUGAUUUUAUUUUUUAUUUUUUAGUGGCUUUGAUCCACUUGCAUCAACCAGAAUGUUUACAAUAUUGUAGUAGAAAUUGUUCAUUUGUAAAUCAUCAUACAAUGUAUCUCUGAGUCAACUGGUCAAAUUACUAUGUGUAAUCACAGGAUAGGAUUGGGGGUAUGGCCUCCUUGUCAAAGCAAAAUAAACGUUCAUUAAAGUACUCUUAAAAGACA